AUGGAUCUCGUCUGGAAUAUCUUCUAUCAUUUCAAGAUUGACGAUGACUCCUUGGCUUUACUCAUGUCACAAUGCGAAAAGCUCGUUGAUAUGUCCACCGACCUUGAAGCUUGGCUCACUUCCUCUUAUUCUCGCUUUUUGCGGGUGUGCGAUCGCCGUACACUUUCACAGCUUAAUCGUCAAUGGAAAGUUUAUGUUACUGCCAAGGACUUCUCAAGAAGCAAGAACAGCACUUUGUGGUCUACUUACUCACGCCUCUACAACGAUCGAUUUGGUACGGAUGAGACCCCCACUCUCAAUUUCAGCGUCGCUCGAUCCGUUGGCCCGUUCUGGGCAGAUGCGGUGUUCAUCCUGGGGAAACAUUUCCAACACUUCUGGAAGACUGGAACACUUUAUACAGAACCCACCGUCAUUGCUUCGGCAAGCAAUAUCAAUCCGACUUUCAUCUACUCGAUGGCUGGGGAAGGAUGCGGUGUUCACUACGGGACCUAUCCUCUGCAAUGUUUCCAUUUGGCACCUGUAUUUUGCGCAUCGCGGACUGAAGCCGUUGAAGUUAGUGACUUCAUCUCCUGCGCCAAGUUACAAUUCCAGUGCUGGUGUGAUUCCUUCAGGGAAGCCGUUUCACCAAAUUCAAGGGAUGUCGUUACCAUCAGAUUCUUCGCAGGAGAUGCACUUGCACUGUGCCAUACCCUUUCCCAUUGUCAUCUCACGUCCUCUAUUUCCGCUUCCCUGCAUGUUUCUGCGUGGGCAGGAGAUGAGCUCGUGCUUGACGGUGGAGACUACGAUACGAAGUCGGCAUUUGCAGCACCUACCACAUUCAAUGUUGUCGACACGUCCAACAUUAUUGACCAUGUCGGGUUGUUGAAUGUUCUAAUUGCUGUGGUACCUGUCCUCGCCUAUGGACCAUCAUCCACGCUCUAUACUGAGGGUCUUCAGGUCAAGCCUGGAAAAGACGCAGCAACAAUGUUUGUCGACCGCCUCUGCGCCGAUAUUCCGGCGAUCGCACUAAUUUUUGGCCUCACACCCACUGCUUAUGUCUCAAGGUUCAACACUCAUUCGAAUGCCCAUGAACUCAUGUUCUCACACGCAGUCGCCAAUCCGCAUUAUCACGAGCGAGUUGCAUGGAGGAUCCCAAAUCUCUGUGAUUCAGCGGCACUUAGCAAAGACGUGGUCCAUCCUUCAUUCGAACACUCUGCCCUUGCGAGACUCCUGUAUGACAUCUACUACCGCAUGUUUCAGCACGAGGACAUUGUGCGGAACCUCCAGAACCUGACAAUCACCAAUUCCGACAUACACUACCAUAGAAGCACCUUCGCAGCCCUCCUAGGCUUGGUGAAAUCGCGAGUUUACACGGACUGGGAUGCUGUCAUGGUCCAUAUAUUCGAUAUGCUUCAUACGGACCACAGACUGAUCUUAGGCUCCAAUAACUAUCAAGAGCUUUGUUGCCAGCUUCAUAUUCGGGGGAUCUACAGUGUCGACACUAUGAGACCCAUGCAGACUGUCGUCGACAUCGAUCGGUCAAGUGGCAUCUUCAAAGGGUGGAGCAGCGUACCACCUGUGGUGUGUCUCGUUUUGGUCGUCCCGAGGUCUAAACUCCAGAUUUUUGAGAAGAGGACCAGGGAGAAAGUUGGAUCUCCCAUACUGCAGGUGGAGGUCAGAGGCCAGGCGUACCACAACGUCUUUUCGGCGAUACAGGUGACACUCGGCAGUGUUUCUCUUCAGGGCAGUGGGAGCAAUGCCCGCGCUGUUCUGACGGAAGACAUAGCCGGAUGGUCUGGUUUGUCGCCUCUGGUCGUCUCUGUGUGGAUGCCGGCAUACAACCUCGCCUGCGAACAGUCUUCCCCAAAGAUCAGCCUUGGCAUUCACUCGACACCCGCUACCACGAUGGCGUUCAAGGAUGAGCUUGGACUGCGGAUGACUCUAUUCACCACCGAGCUUACAGACUCGAACUUCGUGCACAUCGUUUCUGAACGUCCUAAUCGUCCCCGCGAGCUGGCAUGCCUACGAGCCUCUGUCGAGUCGCCCGUAAAACCGAUCCAGCGAGUUGAUGUAGCCCUGGAUGAAAUCUCGGUUGCCACUUUGUCAGCGAAAUGGGACGUUGCGCAUCUCCCAAACCUUGACACUCGCGCAGAAGUGAAGCACGAGCAGGUAUCUUCUUGUUCGCUGAAGCUGAGAUGGGACAACGCCGAGAACAGUUUGGUGUAUCCCUUCCCUAUUGACGGCUCACAAGCGAAGCUUCGGGUGGCCCGCAAGUCCGGUUGGGUUGAGGCGAUCGUGCCGGUAUCCCGGCCUCUCAAAGGCAGUUUCUGCACGAAGAACUUCUCUCCGAUCAUAACCCCGAACGGACCACCGAUUCUUUGGAACAUUCAUCGCGUCAACUUGGACCACCUUCCUGUUAUUGAUGUUGCCCAAGUGCAAUUGUCUUCUAGGCUCAAUUCUCAUUUUGCAAUGGCGUUUUCUGACCGCGAGGCUAGCCUUCGGCAACAAUUUGCAUCACUUUCCACACCUCCGCCAGAUCUUCUGUUGCAAGUAAAAGACACUAUCCAAUGCCUCUUGUCUCGGACCAUGAAGAAGAAUGCAAGGCACAUGUUUGCUCUCGCAGAUCCUGCGCGCGGUGGAAUAUACACUAUCAUAUUCGUUAACGACGUCCGACUCGAUCUGCCCUCCCAUACCGUCGUAGCAGAUGUGUGCAUUCUACCCCUCACCACGGGUCGGGUUAAUAACCUCGGUCAGAUCAUGCACUCUCUUGCCGCCAAUGGCAAGAUGAUAAAAAUCAACACAACUGGCGAUGAGGUGUCAGCCUGGAAACACUUACUCCCUGCAUUCGUCGAGCGUUGCCGAACAUGGAGUCACAAGCCUACAUGCGAGUACCUCCGGGCAGGUACCAUUCCUCUGACAGUCGAAUUCGACAAGAAUCCGAUAUGCGGGUGUGGAGAAGGCAUCUCCUUGGGAGCGCUAUCGAAGGUGUCACAAUGGAAGAGGCUCGCCCCAUAUAUGACGCGGGCCGCAUUCUCGCAGUUUUUUGCGGUCUCGUUCAUCGAAAGUGUUGGAAGCGCUUUAAAAUCCAUACGGCAAAUUUUGAAGGCCGACACAGAUGUUGCCAAGGUCUGCUCGCAAUGUGGAAAAUCAGGAGAAUUGUUUGACUGUAGUCGUUGCAAGAAGGUGAGGUAUUGCGGAGAGUCUUGCCAGAAAGCGGCUUGGAAGCAGCACAAACUGGUGUGCAAGGCGAGAGCGCCCUGA